AUGAGGCGCUUGCAGAGCCUGGGGAAUUCUGUGGGAAGGGCAGGUGCCUGCAGGGGUCGGCCAGGACUCGGACUGCACCGGCACCUCCGCCUUUCACCUUUCCAUGUGUGUCUUUGUGCUCGGUGCAGCGUGCUGUGCUCUCCAGCAGACUCAGGUGCGACGUGUGGCCAUGUUGGUCUGCCGGCCUAUACGGACCUGGGCGUCCAGAGCUGCACGGCCAGAUGGGUCUGUGUACACCCAGGGCUGGGGGUGGGGGGGUGGGGAGGAGUUCAAGAACAUGGAGUGUGUCCCUCAGAGAGUGCCGAUAUUGUUGGUCAGCCAAAGAUUUUCCUGUUCUUUGCUGCUUAA